AUGGCAAUCAGCGAUGAGGUCGACCGCCUUAGAGAGGUCGGAUUCAUAACCGAGGUGAAAUACCCCCGGUGGUUGUCAAAUGUAAUCCUUAUUAAGAAAUAUAGUGGAAGCUGGAGGAUGUGUGUUGACUACACUGAUCUCAACCAAGCAUGCCCCAAAGAUUGCUAUCCACUCCUAAGGAUAGAUCAGCUAGUAGAUGCCACCAUAGGCUAUGAACUUCUUACAUUCAUGGAUGCGUUCUCGGCCUAUAACCAGAUCUGGAUGGCACCGCAAGACCAAGAGCACUCUGCCUUCAUUACCGACAGGGGAGUGUAUUGUUACAAAGUGAUGCCUUUCGGCCUAAAAAACAUUGGGGCAACGUACCAAAGAAUGGUCAAUGAACUAUUCAAACAACAACUUGGGAGGAACAUGGAGGUGUACAUAGAUGACAUGAUUGUAAAAAGCAAGUCGAUAAGCACACAUCUAGCCAAUCUAGCGGAGACAUUCCGGAUCCUCAUGCGGUUUAACAUGCACUUGAAUCAUUCGAAGUGUGUCUUCGAGGUUCGUUCGGAGAAGUUCCUCCAGUUCGUCAUCCACCAGAGAGGAAUAGAUGCCAACCUAGAAAAUAUUUGGGCCAUAACACAGAUGCAGCUUCCUCGCUCGAUCAAGGAAGUGUAG